GGGGCUUAGACUCUCGGGGAUCCUCCCUCUCCCACCUUCCGUCUCCCUCAGCAGAGCAGUCGGCGGUUGGUGCCGUUGGCUCGGAGCAUUUCUCCCCCCCCCCCCCCGGCAACCGUCCCAACCGCGGCCUCCGUCGCCGUCGAGAGCGGCGAACUGUCCCGAAGCUGCUAUGAACACGCCGCUCACAGGGCUGGGCUGGACGUCGGCUGCCAGCGUGGCACCCGCCGGCUGGACUGCGAUCACAGCCACGGUGGAAGGGGUGUCUGCAAACUUUGGAAAGGGAUUUGCACAGAAAUCUGGUUACUACUUGUGCUUUACUUCAGCUAUAAGUGCGAACCCUGCAGGAGAUAUAAUAUCUGACGUGGUGAUCUUGAGCGACAAAUCUCCGCUGCCUUGUGGAUAUGUUUAUGUUAAAGAAUUUUUAGAUCCUAAAACUUCUGUCUCUAAGAAGAAAAGGCUGUGUGCAAAGCUGAUUCCGUUGGGAGCUGCAGAUCUUGCUGUGCAAGAGAUCCUGGUCACCAGUAAGAGUAAAUUGCUCCCAAACUACUUGCGAAUAGGGGAAAUGAGUGGCUUUGCCCUGUGGUGUAAAAAGGAUCAUGUUCUCAAGCCCAAGCCCCUCCCUAAGCCACGGAAGAUCAAUCUGGAAAUGAAGCAACUUUCACUCGAGCCAGACAACACAGAUGCCCCACCAGAAAGGCCUCCACCUCCAUUUGAUGCCAAAAAGCAAGCCACUCUUAAGCACCAUGAGUCUAUAUAUGAGAGUUCAAAUGUCUACACCAUUUCAGCCAUGGACGGGGUACCCUUUGCUCUGCACCCCAAAUUUGAGAACAGCAUCAGUAGCAGCACUAACGCUUCUUCAUUCUUUAAAGACUUGCAUAUUAAAUCUCUCACUGACAUUGAGAAAGAGUAUGACUACAGUUUUGUAGUUGAAAGAACGGCAGCUGCCAGACUCCCACCUACCAUCUCGUAGCAGUUUCUUACAGAAAACAGCACAAAUACUUUCCCCUCCACCAAAGGCACUUCAGGCCCAGAACAGUCAACUUAAUGCUGCUGCUGCAGUGAAGGAAGUGCUCUUCUAAAAAGAAAAGAGCUAUCUGAGGAUGCCGCUUUAGAUGCUAAAGCUUGUAAAUAUGACUUUGCCUGUGGUGUGAACAGGGGAUGUAUCAUGCACUACAAUAGUUUGCUGCAGGUACAAGCCAAAUAUUUUUGCAUGCAUGCUGUAGCAUGGGCAUGCUAUAUAGAUUUCUAUGCAAAGCACUUUUAAAGAAAGAAACUUAUUUUAUGGGCAAAAGUAUUCCUGUUCUUACUUGUUGCUGUUCUGAAAAAUUUAAGUUUUCAGUAUGUACAACUAUAGCAUACAGAAGGGAAAGCAAGUUUAGCAAGCACGAACCUUUCUGUAAAAGCCAUUCACUAUGGAAUCAACCAUGUUCCUUAUUUCAAAAUGCACUGAUAGCAGUUUAAUUACCAAAUCCAUGACCAAUUUUCCAGGAGCAGAAGGGCAAUACAAAAAUCAACAGCUGCUCUCACAGCUGAAAAAAUUUGAAAGUGUAGCUGUAUUUCUCCAUCCCGCCCCCCCCCCCCCCCGGCAAGUCUUUUAUGGUGGUUUCCGAAACUGCAUCCCAGCACCAAACUGGAGUGAAAGGCCAGUCCACUGUCACAAGAAUAAAUUAAUUCCUCUUGCAA